AUGACGAAACCAGUUCACUGGGGAAGGGUGACAAUGAUCGACGCAGAAAGACGACUUCUAGCCAAUGCUCUCCUUGACUUCUCCAACGAGAGAUUUGUAUUACUCUCAGAAACAUGCAUUCCUCUGUUCAAUUUCACCACAAUCUACACAUACCUCAUGAACUCUAACCACAGCUUUCUCAGUUCUUUCGACGAUCCACGACGAAUAGGCCGUGGAAGAUACAACAAACGAAUGUGGCCGACGAUCACGUUAUCCAAUUGGCGAAAAGGAUCACAAUGGUUUGAAGUUAGCCGGAGGCUUGCGGUCGAGAUAGUCUCCGAUGUGACAUAUUACCCUGUGUUUCAAGAGCAUUGCUUGCCUCCUUGUUACAUGGAUGAGCAUUACUUGCCAACACUUGUGAACAAACGUUGUCCCGAGCUGACUUCGAAUACGAGCAUUACAUGGACUGAUUGGUCUCAAGGUGGCUCACACCCGAAGAGGUUUGUGAGACGAGAUGUGUCGGUGACAUUUUUGAAUCGUGUGCGAUUCGGGUUUAACUGUACUUACAAUGGUGUCAUGAGCUCAAUUUGCUUUCUUUUUGCAAGGAAAUUUGAUCCUAGUACUCUAGAGCCAUUGCUGAAAAUAUUUCCUACACAGUUUGGUGACUCUCAUAGAUGUUCAGUCAUGAUAAAUCCAAAUCAUUGAGAGAGAAUGUGAAAAAGAA